CGUGCAGUUCUAGGAAGUGGCAGCGAACGGUCUCGGUAGGUUUAACCCUCUCAUUCACCUGGCGGAGCAAGUGCUCCCAUCUGCAGCCGCUGUAGGAACUUGAUACUUUCCGCUUGGCUCGGGGUUCUCAGUCCGUCAGCUCGGACUUCAGUGCCCCGGCCACCAAUGAGGGGCGGCGAAGCGAGCCUGAAGGAAAAGGCUGUUGCUGCCAAGGACACGCUGGGGGCAGAGUAGACAAGUCACCUGGAGCAGCACUGUACUGAAACUCCAUGAUCGGAUGUCUGGGUUCUCCAGAGGCACCGGCCCACCCGAGUCCCUUGAGAGAGUUUCCCAUCCAUCCUAAGCUAGGCGUCUUAAGCUUGGCGCGGACUACAUAACCCAGCAUGCGCCGCACGCGCCUCUGGGGCUCGCACUACGAUUAGAUAACCACUACUCUCAACAUGCCUUCUGCAACUGUGCAAGCCAGAGCACCGGGAUCGAGAACUACAACUUCCGACUCGCAUGACAACUGCGGCGGCGCUAUUUAAAAAGCGUCAGAGAGGAGGUGCAUGGCCACGUCCUUCUCUUCCAGUUCCGCUCCCUAGGAUGAGCGGCGAGGAGAAGGGCGGAGCCUUAGGCCUGAGCCAAGAUGGCGGCUGCGAAGCUAAGCCCCGCGGACUCGCUCUCAUUCUGCCUCGCGCAGCUCACGGCGGCGGCCGGGGAGGGUCUAGGUGGGAGAAAGGACACAGCUACCAACGAGGCACCCUUGGGCCGUGCGCUCUUAGCCCUCCGUACGCGCCACGUCAAGGCAGCUGGGGGAAUCGAACGCUUCCGGGCACGCGGCGGGCUCCGCCCCCUUCUCGCGGUGCUACGGCGAGCGGCUGCAGCGGGUCCCGCCCCUUCCCAGGCUGGCCCAGGCUCCGCCCCCUCGUCUGUCGAGUCAGCGGCUUCUGGCCCCGCCCCUUCUCCGGGCCCCGCCCCCUCUGCUGUGUCGUCAUCGACGCCCUCGCCACCAGCGCGCCUGCGCAAGACGCUGGACUUGGCGCUCAGCAUCCUAGCCAACUGCUGUACGGAAGGGGAGUGCCGGGCUGAAGUGCGCAGACUCGGAGGCAUUAUCCCUUUGGUGACUAUUCUUCAGUGUGUGAAGACAGACAGCAUCCAGAACCGAACGGCCCGUGCUCUGGGGAACUUAGCCAUGGAACCUGAGAGCUGUGGGGACAUCCACUCUGCUGGUGCUGUUCCCCUGCUUGUUGAGGGCCUGACGGCCUGCCAGGACUCACAGUGCCGCCAGAGUGUGGUUCGUGCCCUCCGCAACCUGGCGGACUCACCCCAGCACCGCCUGGCCCUGGCAAAGCAGGGAGUGGUGCGCCCGCUGGCCGAGCUUCUGGCCACUGCCCCAGACCCUGCGCUGACCUUGGCCUUAGUCCGUGCCCUCCUGGAGCUGAGUCGAGGCUGCUCCCGGGCCUGUGCUGAGCAGCUAAGUCUGGGUGGAGGACUAGGCCCACUGGUCAGCCUGGCGUCCCACCCCAAAAGAGCAGUGCGUGAGGCAGCCAUCCUGAUCCUUGCCAAUCUGUGCGCCCAGGGCCUGGUAAGGCCUGCGCUGGGCAACGCUGGUGCUGUGGAGGUGCUACUAGGUGAACUCCGGCGGCGCCGGGACCCCAGCGGGGCUAGCCCAGCCUCCCAGCAGCCCCUGGUGCGGGCCGUGUGUCUGCUGUGCCGGGAGGCUAUCAACCGGGCCCGACUGCGGGAUGCUGGUGGUUUGGAGCUGCUGAUGGGCCUGCUGCGGGAUCCUCGUGCCAGCGCCUGGCACCCUCGUGUUGUGGCAGCCCUCGUGGGCUUCCUCUAUGAUACUGGGGCCCUGGGCCGGCUGCAGGCUCUGGGACUUGUACCUCUCCUGGCUGGGCAACUGUGUGGUGAGGCUGGUGAUGAGGAAGAAGAGGGAAGAGAAGCUGCUUCCUGGGACUUCCCUGAGGAGAGGACUCCUGAGCGGGCAGAGGCCGGAAGCUUCCAAAGCCUCAGGUCCUGGCUGAUCUCCGAGGGCUAUGCUGCGGGCCCGGGCGACAUCUCUCCCGACUGGUCCCCAGAGCGCUGUCCGCCGCCGCCAGAGCCGGCCAGUCGGGCCAGCCCCUCCCUGGGCCCGACCUCGCUGCGGACGCCCCGCGCCCUGCGCCCGCCCGGCCGCAGCCCCGCCGCCACUGCCCCCGAGGAGCCCUGGAGCCGCGAGGGGCCAGCGCUGCUGCUGCUGUCGCGCUUCUCCCAGGCUCCCGACCCCAGCGGGGCGCUGGUGACCGGCCAGGCCCUGUGCGGCCUGCUGGCCUACGUGACGGGCGCGCCGGGCUCGCCGAGCCCCCGCGCGCUGCGCAUCUUGGCGCGGCUCACCUGCAACCCCGCCUGCCUCGAGGCCUUCGUGCGCAGCUACGGGGCGGCGCUGCUGCGCGCCUGGCUCGUGCUCGGCGUCGCCCCCGACGACUGGCCCGCGCUGCGCGCCCGGCCCGCUCGUCGCAGCCAGCACCAGCACCGGGAGCUGGGUGAGAUGCUGCUGCAGAACCUGACCGUGCAGGCCGAAUCGCCCUUUGGAGUGGGUGCCCUCACUCACCUGCUGCUCUCCGGGAGCCCUGAGGACCGCGUGGCCUGCGCACUCACCCUGCCCUUCAUCUGUCGGAAGCCCUCUCUGUGGCGCCGGCUGCUUCUGGACCAGGGCGGCCUCCGUCUCCUCCUCUCAGCGCUCACUCGGCCAGCUCCACACCCGCUCUUCCUCUUCUUUGCUGCGGACUCCCUUUCCUGCCUCCAAGGCCUGGUGUCUCCCACUGUGAGCCCGGCCCUCCUACCUGCAAUCCCCUUGGACCUGGACCCGCCCUCCCCUUGCCUCUAUGAGCCUCUGCUGGGCCCCGCCCCCACGGCGGCCCCUGACCUCCACUUCCUGCUGGACUCAGGCCUCCAGCUCCCUGCCCAGCGAGCGGCCUCAGCAACCGCCUCCCCCUUUUUUCGGGCCCUGCUAGCUGGCAGCUUUGCCGAAGCCCACAUGGACCUAGUGCCACUGCGGGGUCUGUCACCCAGCGCAGCCUGGCCUGUCCUGCAUUACUUGCACGGCUGCCGGGGCUGCAGAGCUGCCCUGGGGCCCGUCCCUCCGCCGGGCCAGCGCCUGCUGGGCUCAGAGGCUGAGGAAGCCCUGGAAGCUGCUGGCCGUUUCCUGCUGCCCGGGCUGGAGGAGGAGCUGGAAGAAGCCGUGGGCCGCAUCCACCUGGGACCCCAGGGCGGCCCAGAGUCAGUGGGUGAGGUCUUCCGCCUGGGCCGGCCCCGGCUGGCUGCCCACUGCGCUCGCUGGAUCCUGGGGCCGGGGCAGUGCCCACGGAAGCGGGCCCUGGCCCUGGUGGGGCUUGUGGAGGCAGCAGGCGACGAGGCGGGGCCCCUAACUGAGGCCUUCCUGGCUGUGAUGAUGGGGGUAGAAUUGGGGGGCGAGGGUCCCAGCCUCGACGGUUGAUGUCCCCUGGGAGGAGACCCGAGGAUGAGUUGUCUGUGAGGAGUUCUCCCUCAGAGCGGCACAGAAGGAGGCCGAGCAGAAGGGGUCCCCGUCAAGGACCAAUGACAGCGUGGACCGAGACCCUGGGCUGAUGAUCUGAAGGCUCAAGAGUGAGAAGCCAAGGCGAGGCAUGGGGCCCACAAGAUGGAGGACCGCCCACGGCCCCAGGCACUUGGCCUGGCUCAGC